CGGAGCAGGGGGCGGUGCGGAGCGGCGGGGAGCAGAGCGGAGCGGGGAGGCGGGAGGCGGGCGCUGUCCAUGGCCCUCGGACCGCCCCGGGCUCCGCCGCGCCGCCGAGCUGAGCGAUGGGCAACACGGUGCACAAGACCCUGGCAGACACAAGCCACCCGACCCGCUCCGUCUCCAGCCGCCCCUACUACAGCUUGCCCAACAGCAGCCAUGAGAGACGCUCGGUCCUUGCAAUCACGGAGCCGCCGCGUUUCCACUCCCAAGCCAAAGGCAAGAACGUGCGUCUGGAUGCGCACUCCCGCAAGGCCACGCGGAGGAACAGUUUCUGCAACGGAGUCACCUUCACCAACCGGCCCAUACACCUCUAUGAGAAAGUCAGGCUGAAGCUGGUGGCUGUGCACCACGGCUGGAGCGGAGCCCUGCGCUUCGGCUUCACCAUUCAUGACCCAUCACAGAUGAGCUCUGACGAGAUACCAAAGUACGCCUGUCCAGACCUAGUGACCCGACCUGGAUACUGGGCCAAAGCUUUGCCGGAGAGGUUUGCUGUGAGAGACAAUAUCUUGGCCUUCUGGGUUGACCGUCAUGGGAGAGUCUUCUACAGUAUUAAUGAUGAGGAGCCAAUAUUGUUUCACUGUGGUAUUAAAGUUUCUGGUCCCCUCUGGGCGCUCAUAGACGUCUAUGGAAUUACCCAUGAAGUGCAAAUACUAGAUAGCAUGUUUGCAGAGACCAUGACCACUGCUCGUCUCAGCUCUGCCCGUCUCAGCACUUGCCUUCCACAGAGCAACCACGAUUCAGCCAAUUUCAAUAACAACGAACUGGAGAAUAACCAAGUGGUGGCCAAAAUUGCAAACCUAAACCUAAGUCGGGUACCGGGACUUGCGACAGACAACCACAUCAUCCCCUGUUGCCCAAACCGGCGGCAGCAUGCCCAUGGGGUCCCAGCCUUCCUGGACACAGACCUGCGGUUCCAUCCCACCCGUGGACCUGACAUCACCUUUUCUCAGGACCGGAUGGUUGCAUGCACCAACUGGCAAGAAAGCAAUAGGACUUUGGUGUUUUCUGACCGGCCUUUGCACAUUGGUGAAAGCCUCUUUGUGGAAGUAGGACAUCUGGGGUUGCCAUAUUAUGGGGCCCUUUCCUUCGGCAUCACUUCUUGUGAUCCGAGUACUUUACGGACAAAUGAGCUCCCAGCAGAUCCAGACUUUCUCUUGGACCGCAAGGAGUACUGGGUGGUUUACCGAGCGUUCCCGGUCCUCAACAAUGGCGACAUCCUCAGUUUCAUGGUCUUGCCAAAUGGGGAGGUGCACCAUGGGGUGAACGGAGGCAGCCGAGGGAUGCUGAUGUGCGUGGACACCUCGCAGUCUCUCUGGGUGUUUUUUACAAUCCAUGGUGUAAUCAAUCAGCUCAAAAUACUGGGCACUGUGCAGUCCAGCCCAGUGACCAUCUCUCCCUCAGGAUCACCUGGCGGCUCACAGUAUGACAGUGACUCGGACAUGGCCUUCAGUGUGAACAGGUCAUCAUCUGCUUCAGAGUCAUCACUGGUGACUGCUCCGAGCUCCCCCCUGAGUCCCCCCAUCUCUCCCGUUUUUCCCCCUCCGGAGCCAGCAAGCACCAAGAACGGGGAAUGCACCGUUUGCUUUGACAGCGAGGUGGACACGGUGAUCUACACCUGCGGACACAUGUGCCUCUGCAACACCUGCGGUCUUAAGCUGAAGAAGCAGCUCAACGCCUGCUGCCCAAUCUGCCGACGGGUCAUCAAAGAUGUUAUUAAGAUAUACCGCCCGUAGCGCCCGGCUCGGGUCGUAGGAAGGGGGAACGCCGCUAGCAGUAACCAUGCCUUUCCGUCCCUGCUUAUGGGUUAUCGUGCUGGUCAGUCGUUAUCAAGUGGCUCGUUAUCUGUGUUUCCUUAUUUGACUGGUAGGGCACAAUUCAGGGAUCAAAUUGAGCUGAGGAUCAC